UUUGCGAACACACCUAGAUGAGCGGUUUUUCAUGGAACGGAUCUGGCUCGAGGAGCGUCUAGACCGCAACCAGACCAACAUGAGCCACAGGCUUAGCCAGAAAAUGGCUCUUUUAAAAGCUGAGUGGAGAAAAGAGGAAAGAAUGAGGAGAGAGCAGGAGGAAAAGACAAGGCCUGAUGGCAAUGUGGAUGAUCUAAAAGACAUCCUUGAGAAAGUAAAGCAGAUGGAGGAGAGGAUGAUGAAAAAGGAGGAAACAUUGGAUCAGAAGUUGCUGGAGGUCAGUGAGACUUUGAAGCAACAGAAAGAAGGGUACAAUCUCCUACAGGAAGAAUUUGAAAAGAUUAAGAUGGAAAGAGAGGAAAUGUCAGCAAGAAAGUUGGAGAUUGACAGAGAGAAUGAGAGUCUGAGAGAGCAACAGGAGAAAUUGGUGGCUGAGGAAAAAAAUCAACUCAUGAAAGUCAUUCAACAAAAAGAAGAACUUGUCCAUCAGUGGGAAAAGUUUACUUUGGAGAGACAGAAACUUGAAGAGAUAAAAUGUGAAAGAGAACAGAAACGGAAGGACAUGGAAACUAGGAUUAUGGAAGCUGUAAAGAAUGAAGAGCUAGCAAAGCAGCGAGCAAAAGCUCUAGAAAUAGAAAAAAACAUGGAGAUUGAGCGUAUGAAAAUUGAGAUGGAAAAAGAGGUCAUCAAGAAAGAAAAAGAGACAGAGCAAGAAUUGCAAGCUCUAAGACGGACUCUGGCCGAACUGGAAAUGAAAGAGCAGAAGAAGAAAAUCCCAAGAGAGGAGAAAGAGAGAAAGAGAGAGAUGGAGGAGGAAUGGAGGACUAUUGAGGAGGAGAAAAAGAUAAUGGGAGAGGAGUGGAAUGCCACUGAAAAUGAGAAAAUAAAACUUAUGAAGCAACAGAAAGCUGUUGAGAAAAAGGUAGAAAGACCCAAGAAGGACAUUGCAUGUCAAGACAAUGAGAAAAGACCAAAGAAAAUACCAAAAGAGAAUUCAGCUGAAGAAAAAACAAAGCUGGAUGAACACAUGGGUAAAGACGACCAAAUGACAUCCCAGGCAUUAAUGGAAACAGAGAUGGCAUUUGAAAAUAAAUGGUGGGAGAAAAAAGAGAAUGAGGUGGCAGAAUGGCAGGCUGCAGAAAAGAAAAUGACAAAGGAUCAAAAAAGAGCAGAGGUGGGCACUGCCCCUGAACUGAUGGAGUCGGAAAGCAAAAAGAUGGAGAAAAGCAUUACCGACCAGAAAAAAAGAGAGGAGAAACUUGUUAAAGAGAGACUUGAUACAAAAAUUGAGAUGGACAGUGAAGAGGACCUGUUUAAAACUAAAAAUGAUACAGCUCCUCUCCUGACUUGCGAUUCUCUCAAACCUUGCAAGCCUCUUCUCACUCCUCUCCCAACUUGGAAACCUCUCCCCACUUGCAAGCCUCUUCUCACUCCUGUCCCAACUUGCAAACCUCUUCCCACUUGCAAACCUCUCCCGACUUGCAAGCCUCUUCUCAUUCCUCUCCCGACUUGGAAAUUUCUCCCAGCUAGCAAACGUCUCCCAACUUGCAAACCUCUCCACACUUGCAAACCUCUUCCGAUGUCUGCGAAGAUUGAACAAGGACCAGCGCUUUGCAUUCAGAACAAAGCUGAUACAGAUCAGCACAGAUUUAACUUUUGGAAAAACAACCUGAAACAAGCCGACAUCAAACCGACUGAAACAAAGGUUGUAGCCCAAAAUGUUCUCAUCACACCAAAGAGAACAAAAGAGGUAGAUCCUCGAGAUGAGUUUGAGAGAGGGCUCGAUGCUCUACUGAACUCUAAAAUGGAGAAAGACGGUGAGAAGGACCUGAUUAAAACCAAAAGAGAGCCAGUUCCUUUCCCCACUUGCAAUCCUGAUGGUGAAGAGGACCUGUUUAAAACCAAAAAAGAGACAGUUCCUCUCCCGACUUGCAAACCUCUCCCAGAAUGCACACAGACUGAACAAAGAUCAGGACGUCGCAUCCCGAAAAAAACUGGUACAGAUCAGCUCAUGUUUAACUUUGGUAAAAACAACCUGAAACAAGCCGACAUCAAACCUACUGAAGCAAAGGUUGAAGCCCAGAUGGCAUUUGAAAAUAAAUGGUGGGGGAAAAAAGAGAAUGAGGUGGCAGAAUGGCAGGCUGCAGAAAAGAAAAUGACAAAGGAUCAAAAAACAGCAGAGGUGGGCACUGCCCCUGCACUGAUGGAGUCGGAAAGCAAAAAGAUGGAGAAAAGCAUUACAGACCAGAAAAAGAGAGAGGAGAAGCUUGUUAGAGAGAGACUUGAUACAAACUUUGAGAUGGACAGUGAAGAGGACCUGUUUAAAACUAAAAAAGAGACAGCUCCUCUCCUGACUUGUGAUUCUCUCAAGCCUUGCAAGCCUCUUCUCACUCCUCUCCCUACGUGCAAACCUCUCCCCGCUUGCAAACUUCUCCCAACAUGCAAACCUCUUCCCACCUGCAAACCUCUCCCCACUUGCAAACCUCUUCUGACUUCUGCAAAGAUUGAACAAGGACCAGCGCUUUGCAUUCAGAACAAAGCUGAUACAGAUCAGCACAGAUUUAACUUUGGGAAAAACAAUCUGAAACAAGCCGACAUCAAACCAACUGAAGCAAAGGUUGUAGCCCAAAAUGUUCUCAUCACACCAAAGAGAACAAAAGAGGUAGAUCCUCGAGAUGAGUUUGACAGAGGGCUCGAUGCUCUACUGGACUCUGAAAUGGAGAAAGACGGUGAGAAGGACCUGAUUAAAACCAAAAACGAGACAGUUCCUCUCCUGACUUGCAAUCCUGAUGGUGACGAGGACCUGUUUAAAACCAAAAAAGAGACAGUUCCUCUCCCGACUUGCAAACCUCUCCCAGAAUACACAAAGACUGAACAAAGAUCUGGACGUCGCAUCCUGAAAAAAGCUGGUACAGAUCAGCUCAUGUUUAACUUUGGGAAAAACAACCUGAAACAAGCCGACAUCAAACCUACUGAAACAAAGGUUGUAGCCCAAAGUGUUCUCAUCACACCAAAGAGAACAAAAGAGGUAGAUCCUCGAGAUGAGUUUGAGAGAGGGCUCGAUGCUCUACUGAACUCUAAAAUGGAGAAAGACGGUGAGAAGGACCUGAUUAAAACCAAAGGAGAGCCAGUUCCUUUCCCCACUUGCAAUCCUGAUGGUGAAGAGGACCUGUUUAAAACCAAAAAAGAGACAGUUCCUCUCCCGACUUGCAAACCUCUCCCAGAAUGCACACAGACUGAACAAAGAUCAGGACGUCGCAUCCCGAAAAAAACUGGUACAGAUCAGCUCAUGUUUAACUUUGGUAAAAACAACCUGAAACAAGCCGACAUCAAACCUACUGAAGCAAAGGUUGAAGCCCAGAUGGCAUUUGAAAAUAAAUGGUGGGGGAAAAAAGAGAAUGAGGUGGCAGAAUGGCAGGCUGCAGAAAAGAAAAUGACAAAGGAUCAAAAAACAGCAGAGGUGGGCACUGCCCCUGCACUGAUGGAGUCGGAAAGCAAAAAGAUGGAGAAAAGCAUUACAGACCAGAAAAAGAGAGAGGAGAAGCUUGUUAGAGAGAGACUUGAUACAAACUUUGAGAUGGACAGUGAAGAGGACCUGUUUAAAACUAAAAAAGAGACAGCUCCUCUCCUGACUUGUGAUUCUCUCAAGCCUUGCAAGCCUCUUCUCACUCCUCUCCCUACAUGCAAACCUCUCCCCGCUUGCAAACUUCUCCCAACAUGCAAACCUCUUCCCACUUGCAAACCUCUCCCCACUUGCAAACCUCUUCUGACUUCUGCAAAGAUUGAACAAGGACCAGCGCUUUGCAUUCAGAACAAAGCUGAUACAGAUCAGCACAGAUUUAACUUUGGGAAAAACAAUCUGAAACAAGCCGACAUCAAACCAACUGAAGCAAAGGUUGUAGCCCAAAAUGUUCUCAUCAAAUCAAAAAGAACAAAAGAGGUAGAUCCUCGAGAUGACUUUGACCGAGAGCUUGAUGCUCUACUGGACUCUCUUUAGACUCUAAUAUCAUUUUCUCCCUUUUUCACCUAAAUCUGCUCAUUCUUAGUUCCGUUCCCACAUUCACUUCUUGCUGACCAAAAAGAGUCUCCGACAGCAUAUCAAGAUGCUGAUUAGACAGCAUGAUUAUUGCACAGGUGUGCCUUAGGCUGGCCACAAUGAAAGGCCACUAUA